AUGGUUGAUGGUGAGGAGGUUGUACGGAGGCGGACAUUAGAGAGGUGGCAGGAGGUCCCGGUGUUGGAUCUGUACCUGGCCCAGGAGGCAGAGAGGAUGAGGAAGAGGACAGGAGCUGUGGAGAAGGUGGAGGAGCAGUGUCACCCGCUCAACGGACUCAACUUCUCUCAGGUGAUUUUUGCCCUGAACCAGACCCUUGUACAGCAGGAGAGUGUGAGAGCAGGCAGUCUGCAGGGCUCCUAUACCACUGAGGACCUCAUCAAGCACUACAACUGUGGAGACCUCAACUCCAUCAUCUUCAACCAUGACACCUCUCAGGUCCCCAACUUCAACAACGUGACCCUGCGCCCCAGCGAACAGAUAACGGCCCAGGAGAUAGACAGCUACUUCAGGCAGGAACUGAUCUACAAGAGGAACGACAGGAUGGGGAACAGGGUUAAGACUCUGAUGGAAGAACACCCUGACAACAGCUUCUUCUUCGCCUUCGGAGCAGGUCACUUCCUGGGCAACAACACAGUGAUUGAUGUGCUGAGGAGUCAGGGCUAUGAAGUGGAGCACACUCCUGCAGGGCAGCCCAUUAGCAGUCGAUCGAAAUCCUCUACCGACCAGACGGGUCAUUCUCCGGGUCAGAACCUGGAUGAGUCCCCUUACCUGGAGCCUUUCCUCCACGAAUUCCACGAUGAGGAGCAACAGCACCCUCUGCAGGACAACCCACUACCCAACAUACCUCGUCACUCCCCCAGUCUGGAGCUGAUGGACACGACGGACCGCAAGCUGAAGAAGAAACGACGUAACAAACAGAGGAAACAUCAGAGAAACAGACAGUUUAAUGACCUCUGGGUUCGCAUCGAGGAGAGCACCACGGUCCAGUCUCCUCCACCUCCGCUGGUACGUAUCAUCAACGGUUACGUCACCGUAGGGCCUCACCACCACGACCUUGAAAGAGGCCUCGCCCACGGCCACGGCAGAACCAAUCACCACAGGUGGUCGUCAGGCUGCUCCGCCUCCACGCCACUGUCUGUCAUCUGGUUACGGUUAACAGUAUUGGUUCACACCUGGACACUGGUAGUAACUCUAGUCUAAAGUAUGAGGUUGUUGGUUAAACUUUUACACACAAACUGGAAGAAAAAUCCCUCAUCAAUCUAUUUCAAAAACACUGUAAUUAUGUAUACUGUUAACAGUGUUGGGUGACAUCUGGACUGCACAUCUAGUACAGGAGGUUCCUGGUUCAAAUCCCUCCUGCUCUCAUCUGGACUGCAGAUCUAAUGCAGGAGGUUCCUGGUUCAAAACCCUCCUGCUCUCAUCUGGACUGCAGAUCUAAUGCAGGAGGUUCCUGGUUCAAAACCCUCCUGCUCUCAUCUGGACUGCAGAUCUAAUGCAGGAGGUUCCUGGUUCAAAACCCUCCUGCUCUCAUCUGGACUGCAGAUCUAAUGCAGGAGGUUCCUGGUUCAAAACCCUCCUGCUCUCAUCUGGACUGCAGAUCUAAUGCAGGAGGUUCCUGGUUCAAAACCCUCCUGCUCUCAUCUGGACUGUAGAUCUAAUGCAGGAGGUUCCUGGUUCAAAACCCUCCUGCUCUCAUCUGGACUGCAGAUCUAAUGCAGGAGGUUCCUGGUUCAAAACCCUCCUGCUCUCAUCUGGACUGCAGAUCUAAUGCAGGAGGUUCCUGGUUCAAAACCCUCCUGCUCUUAAACUGGAAGGAAAGGAAUCAUCUUUUUCAACACACAAUGAGGUGAAUCCUAAUCGGACAUAAGUGGAAGUUCGCAUUCGCUCAAAUCAGUCUAAACUGGAUCUUUCUACAUUUAAUUUAGUACUUAGUACUUUAGUACUUUAAUUUAGUACUUUAUUUUUGACAAAAAAAACGAAUAUAUUAUUAAGAACCCAAACAGCUCUUACUCUUCCUCUUCUUCUGACCCUCUCACUUUAUUCUUCACUUUUUGUAGAAUGUGUUUUGUAUCGUGUAAUACUGUGGGAAUUGUAUAUAUCUACAUAUUCUAGAUUGUAUUUUAGAAAUAUGACAUUUUGAAUGGUUGAAUGUGUUUAGUUUAUUGUUGUUGUUUAUAAAUAGAUACAGUGUAUUUUUUGAGACUAUAGCUGGUACUA